AAACCUCGAUCUUAAAUUGACGUUCUUCACAUUGAUUGAUGAGAUAGAAACUUUUUCUCCCUUUGCUUGACUCUUUGUCGGUACAAAUGCAUUCCAUGCAUACAGCCAAAGUCUGGAUCGAGUCGAUAAUCUCUGGUCAACGGUGAAUGAACCCUCUCAAACCUAGCAGGCGCCGGAAAUAAAGUCGUGUUUUCAAAACUUAACUGUGUUCGACAGACCUUGAUAGCGGACGGCAUAACAACAAACUCAAGAUCUGAGAGGGAACAAAACAAGACUAAUGCUAACAGUUGUAAAACCGCAUAUGCCAGUAAGAAGAGACUCCAUCAGACGAUGGAUCAGAAAUGUACUGCAACAGUCAGCCAUUGAUGUCUCAAUGUUCAAAUCACACAACACAAGAGCAGCCUCUACCUCUAAGGCAAAGAGCAGCAAGAAAUCACGAGAUGCCUAAGAAUUCAAGUGAUAAGAUGAUAAGAAUCCACGUGACUUUUGGAGAAACCAAGCGGAUCGUUGUCUUUCAGAAGGGAGGAGAAGUUAAGAAAUUGCGUCCUUUUUUCCUUCACCCCUUCUCUGAUGUGUUAACGGGUGAUAUUGCUCCUGAGCAUGUCACUUUACAAGAGUAUCUUGAGGACUUUAAAGACUUCGCGGAACUUUGCUCAGAUUCAACGCUCAACAAUGACAUCAAAAUCCGAGCCAUAACAUCAAAAUCGCUAAAACAGGCUGCACAAAUAUCUUCCGUUGAGAUUCAACAAGACAUGAAACCCCAAAGAUGGCCCGAAUGGUGGCACCAAUGUUACUUGGUGCAUCCAUGGGUUCCAACACAUAUGGUGGUACCAGGUUUGCCGGUGUAUGGAAGGCCUCAUCCAAUCAUAAUAAAUACCACUUACCAACUUUGGAACCCAGUCAGCAAGAAAAACGAUGGCUGCAUUGAACGUGAUCCGCAUAAUAAUACAGUGAAUUGUAAAGGGAAUUUCAACGGGGGAACUAACACUGUUAUGACCACCAUUGAUGAAACGCGCUCUGUGACCUUCUAUGUGGCACUUCUGUUUCAUGAUGAUAGUGAUGGUAAGAACUAUGCCCUCACUGGAAAUGGAGAAGGAGAUGACAUUACCACCACAGAAGUCAAGAUUAGUGAGCCAAUCGGCAAAAAAUGUAUCUUUGAGCCAUUGUACUACUGGGGUUACACCAUGUUCCAAAACCUGAACGAUAAGAGCCUAUACCUGGGAUGCGAUCACACUGGAAAAGCAACAUUGGUGAAGAAUGCUGACCUUAACUAUCCCAACCCUCAAGCUCUGUUUAUUGCAAAAAGAGUUGUUUAAAGCUGGCUUCAAAGCUGAAUAAGGAUCAUAACUUUUCACCACCUUGACUUUUCUUCAUAACUUUUAGAGGCAUAUGUUACCUGUAGCUUUUUUGAUAGAGAAAUUAAGCAGAGUCAGUGGAACAAUUCAGCUACUAAAGAGUGCCUUCGACGUUUUCAAGCCUUCGAGAUGGACGUCUAUUUCCCUCUGUUUGUAAGGAAGAACACGCCUUUUAAUAAAAGAAAUAUAAGAGGAAAGUUUACAA